AGCGUGUCAGUGGCAGCACAGUACCGUCGAUGUGGACCCUGCAAUGGUGCACGCAUUGCAUUUGCAUAUAGCUCUAGGACUCUAGUAGGCAGCUCUAUCCUGCUACAGUGGUCGAUAACGCUGGCUCUAGCUCCGAUCCAUUAUAUAUCUGCGUUGUCCUGCUUCAGCCGGUGGUCAGCCCUGAAGCCCCUGACCAUGACAGUUACUUAAUUCUUCAUCUCCAAUCUCCAUGCUGCAUGCUCCAUCGAUCGACCCCUGCUUGGCUUGCCAGUUUGUCUACUAGCUAGUAGCUUGUUGUUCUGGGCAAGUAGGCAACCCGGCCUCUCUUUGGCUUCUCCCUGGUGAAUUUGUAGCCCACCUAGUGACAAAUUGUUCAUCGUCUCUGCAUAUUUGUAGCAGUAGGUAAAAAUGUGUGACUUCUUCUGGCUGUCGCCGGCCGAUCAAGGCGACCUCUCCGACGUCGUCCGGGCGAGCCUGCAGCAGCAACCGCCGUCUCACCACAGGCUGCCGCUGGGCACUCCUGCCCCAGCUGUCCGCAGCCAUGGCUCGUUGGGCUCCCAUCAUCUGCCGGAGGAAGAGGAGGAGCUGCUGGUGCAUGGCAAUGGCGGCAUGGGGCUCAUGGUUAGCAGCAGCAUCGCCGGUUGUGACCGUGCCUUGUAUCCACAGCACCACCAUCCAGAGGCAGAGGGGCUACUGAUUCCCCAGCAGCUCAUGUCUAGCUCCAGCUUCGUCGUCGAGCUGAGGGAAGACGACGUGGCCAACACCCCUGCAGUGCUGGACGAACUCGGCCUGGAGGACAUGGCGAUGGCCCCUCACCCUGAUCAUGCCCCGUCCAUCAAGCGAAGGAAGAGCCAGACGAAGAAGGUGGUGUGCAUCCCUGCGCCGGUGGCGCCGCCGCCGGGUGUGGGCGGGCGGCCGAGCACGAGCGGCGAGGUGGUGCCGUCGGACCUCUGGGCGUGGAGGAAGUACGGGCAGAAGCCCAUCAAGGGGUCGCCGUACCCGAGGGGAUACUACCGGUGCAGCAGCUCCAAGGGAUGCUCCGCCCGGAAGCAGGUGGAGCGCAGCCGCACCGACCCCUCCAUGCUCGUCAUCACCUACACCUCCGACCACAACCACCCCUGGCCCACGCACCGCAACGCGCUCGCCGGCUCCAUCAGGCCGGCCGCCGCCGCCACGUCCUCCUCCUCCUCCCCGUCGGCCAAGCAGAGCCAUCACCAUCAGCGUCGCUCCGCGGCCGCUGCUGCCGUUACUGACCCGACACCGCCCCACCGCCACGCCAGCGACGUCGUCGUCGCCGACAAUUCUACCACGCCGGCAGGCUCCAUCACCGCCAGUAUCCAUAACCACCAGCUGCUGCUCAAGAAGGAGGUGCUCGACAUGGAUAGCCUCGAGCCCGCCCAGGAGGACGCUGCUGCUGGUCACGACUUGGUGGUGGGCGGCAUGAUUGCGGAUAUGGACGGCGCCCUCAACGUCCUGUGCGCCUCCAGCUUCCACUCGAAAAAGCAGCAGCAACAGCAUGCCACUGCUGAUCACCUGGAGAGGCUGCCGGAGGAAGAAGACAAGCGGCUGCUGCUGGAUCGGGAUCCCUUCAGCUUCAGCUUCUUGGACUGGGUGGGCGCCUCAUUUGGAGUUGCUGGAGAAGCAGCAGCAGCAAAUAAAGGCGGUUACAGUUAGAUGGCUGGAUGCUGCCUGAUCAGCGUCAGCCAAUACUCAUCUAGAACUGAUUAAGCAAAUUCCUAGUAAUUUGCAUAUACAGGUAGCCAGGCCGCCCAAUUUCAAAUGCAAAUCAAGCGCGCGCCUACAGAUCAUAGUGGUAAUUUUUAUAGUUUUACUAGCCUCUUUGGAAUUCUGCAACUUCUCUUGAUUGUGUCGUUUUCAAUUUUAACCGAAAAGGACUAAUGAGCUAUUAACAUAGUUACCAAGGGAAAAUUGUAUGUGAGAUGUAGUACUUGUGGAUGAUUGUUAAAUAUGCGCGCAGAAUCAAACUUA